CCCACACACACUUACACACUCAUUAGACACACCAACACACACACUUGGCAAGCGAGACCGUGGUUCUCUCGAUACUCUGGGAGCAGAGCAGAGUAGCGGGGGCAGUUGUCUCACAAGAAGAAAAGCAGCACUGAGAUGUCACUACAGCCAUAGAAGAUGGUGUUGAAGCCAAAGUGAUGCCAUGGACCACCGUGAAUCAGCCACUCACACAGAAAGCUGUUCAACAGCCAUCUCAGACAUUUCAAGAGCCGAGCACAGUGCUGAUUUUCAGUUCUCAGUAGCAGCAUUUGUCAAGUGACACAUGUUGUUCAACCAACUUCAUGCAAUCAUUUUUGGAUGAAUAUUGUAAGAGAAGAGUGCGAAAGGGAAAACUGGUGUAGUCAAGUCACAGGAGAGUUAAAAGCUAUGGUUAGUAGAGUUAAGGCCCAGCAAGAACAGCAAGCAGAUCAAGUAAAUUAGCAGCUAAGACAGAGAGAGAGGGAGACGGGGAUUAUAUGAGCCCAAGAUCUUACAUCACAUUUGACCAUGGAGACACCUUAAUACAUGGGAGCAGCAGAACACUUGAGGCUUAUUAUGUGAAUGUCUUUUCUGCAAAAAGUGAGACCUCUCAUCUGGUUUAAGAGUGAAAAGAAAUCAUAACAAUGUUUUGUACAAAACUCCAGCCAUGAUGUCAUUUCAUUGUUUCUAGUGAAGCUUCAGCGAUAAUGUUGUCAAAAGUGAUGCUGGGUGUCAUCCUGUCCCUCCUCAUCCUUCUGACUGUUGGUGGUAAUGUGCUGGCGUGCCUGGCCGUCUGCGCCUCUCGACGCCUCCGCUGCCUCACUAACUGUUUCAUCGUGUCGCUGGCUGUGACAGACCUGCUGCUCGGCCUCUUGGUCCUCCCUUUCUCCGCCCUCCUCCAGCUCAACAAUGAGUGGCCGCUCGGUCCGGUCUUCUGCAACUUCUACAUCUCCAUGGAUGUCAUGCUGUGCACUGCCUCCAUCCUGACCCUCCUGGCUAUCAGUAUAGACCGCUACCUGGCAGUGACCAUGCCUCUGAGAUAUGCCUCGCUGGUGUUGCCAUGGAGAGUUGCUGUGGCCAUGGCCAGUGUUUGGAUGGUGUCUGUGGCCGUGUCUUUCUUGCCCAUUCAGAUGGGGUGGAACACUGUCAAUGGGACGGUGCAGAACCACGGGCCCUGGGCUCCAGAGAGGAAAUGUCGUUUUGAGCUGAACAGACCCUAUGUACUGACUGACUCUCUUCUUACUUUCUACCUGCCUCUGGUGGCCAUGUGCUGGACCUACCUCCGAAUACUUCGCAUUGCACGGGCACAGGCCAAGCGCAUCGUCAGCGCCAGACCCACUUGCAUCACAAGCUACAACUGCAGGGACAAUCCCUCUACCACUACCACUGUGGUUUCCAGUGUUACAGCGGUGGCUCUGCGGGAGCACAAAGCCACAAUGACACUUGCUGCAGUAAUAGGGGCUUUUGUUGUGUGCUGGCUGCCUUAUUUCAUCCUGUUCACUGUGUUGGGCCUAAGGGAACACCCAGACCCUAACACAGAACCAGCAUUUCCCUUUGUGUUGUGGCUGGGUUACGCCAACUCAGCCCUCAAUCCUAUCCUCUAUGGAGCCCUCAACAGGGACUUCAGGUCUGCCUACAACCAACUACUGAGGUGUCGAUGCCCUACUUACAGUGGGUGGAGGAGCCGACAGCCAUCUCCCACUGUAACAGCAGCCAGAGAACAGCUUACAGAGGUGACAUUGCUGUGUGGCCACACCCCUGCCACAUGCAGGGCAGGUCUAACAGAUCAAAACUUCAUGCUUCAAGAAUUGAACAGUAGGACAUCCACAGCAAAUAUCCAAUUUGCAAAUGGCACUGCUGCCACAGAUGUCAAUGGCAAUGAAAGGUUGUGCUGAGCCUGUGCUGGUGAGGUGGAUGCUGUGUUCACUAAAGCGUGGUUACAACAUAGAACCAGAAUCCAUCCUGAGGAGAAAACACACCAGACAGACUAAAAGAUGGACCAAGCUUUACACCCCCUCUAUUUGGAAGGUUUCAGUGCCACAGCAGAGGCAUAUAAUAUCUCAUGUAACGCAUCUCCAUCUCCAAGAGAAGGAGCUAAUCCACACUCACAAUAUUGUACACCUGAAGUGACUGAAUAGAGACAAACGUUUGAUCGUCUUCCAUUUGUGUGUCUCUUUCUGUUAGCAUUCACUCCAUCCAUUAUUCAUAAUUUAACAAGAGUAAACGUGACAGAACAUCACCUCAGCAACUCCACACCUCAUCAGCAAGAAACAACUGGAUGCUCACAGCUGCCCUCAAUCCAUCCAGGACUGAACAAAUGAAGAUGAUUCAGAGUGGAUAAAGCUGAAACUCAAGUUGUCUAACACAACUAGUCCACUACAUCCAAGCAUCACACAGGGCAACAGGUGGCUCUAACAUGCUCUUGAACUAACUGUGGUUAGUACUGCUGCUCUGGAAGACUGAAUGAGACCAGCUAAUUAACUUGUUGGUCAUCAAUCUCAUGAACUACACUUUUUAUGCUGACUCAUGACUGCACUCCGGUGGAAACACAAAGUAUCACAACUUCAACAAAGUAAAUGGACCUCUAAUUAAAAACGGGUGCUUCACAAAAACAGAGAACGUCAGGGAAAAAGUGAUAAAUGGAUUUUCAAAACUGUUUGAAUAUUUCUAACAGCUACACGAAGGCAAGACUUAGAAAUACCAUGACCUGGAUGACUGAGAAUCUUCACAAACAUGUGUUCGUAUGUGGUGAAAUAUGUGACAUUUGAAUAUGGAGCAUGCAAACUAAUGUUGUGUGUCACUUUUGAAGAAUGUAGCUGCCUCCAGACUUUGUCUUUAUCGUUGCUCAUUCAGUGGCAUAAAGCUGGCAAAUGUAUGUAUUGUAUCAUUCUAUAAAUAUAACUGAGGACUGAAAAAUGGCAUGAACUGCUCCUCUAAAACAAAAAAUUACAACCAUACUGCACCAAUAAAGAGCAGCUUCAAUAAAGAAUAUAACAUUUGCUAGCA